GUUGAGGGCAAGUUAUAAGUCUGAGAGGCUGGCCCCCUUCAGCCCAAUCAUCACCCCGUCAACCAUGGGUCUCGUCUCUUCCAUCAUCGACCAGAACUUCCCUCCAAAGGCGACGUGGGACACAAGCCUGAUCCCGGAUCUCACGGGCAGGGUUAUCAUCGUCACCGGCGGAAAUAGUGGUCUGGGUUAUGAGACUGCAAAGGCGUUGUUGUCCCACAACGCGAAGGUAUACGUUGCGUGUCGGGACAGGGCGAAAACAGACGUGGCUAUCGAGUCCUUGAAGAAGGAAACUGGAAAGACUGCUUUCUUUCUUGAGCUUGACCUCGCGAGCUUAGCGUCGGUGAAGGCAUGCGCGGAUAGUUUUAUGAAGAUUGAAACUGAGCUGCAUGUGCUAUUCAAUAAUGCGGGAGUCAUGUCGCCACCGAUAUCACAUCUCACUCAAGAUGGAUACGACCUGCAAUUUGGCGUCAACGUUCUCGGACAUUUCUACCUGACGGAGUUGUUACUUCCUGCUCUCAAAGCCGGUGCCGCAUCCUCCGCUGACCACGUGUCCCGCGUAAUCAACACCUCGUCACAAAUGCAUCUUCUCGCCAAAAUGGAUUACGAUACCCUCACUGACACGACCCAACGCAAAAAGAUCAGCCCGAGUGAUUUAUACGCUCAGAGUACUUUCGGUAAAAUUGUGUUUUCACAAGAGUUGGCUCGAAGGUACGGCACACAGGGAAUUGUCUCGAUCGCACUGCAUCCCGGAAACCUCAAAACCGACCUGGGCCGUCAUUUGCCAGCUCUUCUGCGUAGAAUCGUGCAUAUGACGUGUUAUCCUCCGCCCAAAGGCGCCUUGACUCAGCUUUGGGGAGGUACGGUGCCAGAAGCGGCGUCAAUGAACGGAAAGUAUCUGAUCCCAUGGGCACGUGUCGGAGAACCACGCAAGGAUGCCUUGGACCCCAAAAUCGGCGGGGACCUGUGGGAGUGGAUGGAGACGCAGGUGCGCGGGAUUUGAUACCUCGCCAGCUUGUGCUCGUGUGAGGCUGUCCGAAUGGGUACUUGUGUGUGCGUACAUGUUGCAAAAGCGUUCUAUGCAGGUGUUCCGAAAGCCACCAUCAAGAUUUCCGGUCGCUGCGGGAGAAGCUCGAUAUGCCCUUGGAUGCCUACAUCAGG